AUGGGAGAGGUGCCAGUGACAGAGGUCCAGCACAAGGCGCCACGUGGCAAGCUGCAAUGGCGCCACCUGUCAGUGGACGCCAAGGAGGCCUUGCUGCGAGGGGGGCGGGUCAGCAACCUGCAGCUGGCCAUCUUAAUGAUGAUUCUUCUCUGCGGAGUGGACAUCCUUAUGCGGGGAACGCUCCAAUGUUCGAGGGGACCAGACGUUUCACAACGUUCUGGGGGCUUGGCCCUUGCUGGGUUUGCUGGGGGGGGAGCGCUCGGGUCGUCGCGGGUGCGGUCAACCCACAUGGCGUGCCCGCUGCAUUGCGUAACUAGGGAUGGGGAGGGGAGGAAUGCGGUGCCCAUUCAGCUGCCAUGCCAGCCUGUUGCGUGCACAGAACUAGAUAUGGGUGGGAAACUAGACGGGAGAAAACUAGAGGGAAAAAAGGUAGAGACGGGAAGUGUAUUGGGGGCAAGAGAAGAAGCAGGGGUCGGGGUCAGAAGAAAUGCAGAAGCAGGAGGAAUUGGAGGAGCAGGACAAGAACUAGAGCGGGCGGAAAGUAAGGGGGGCAGCUUGUUAGCAUCAGGCAAAUUGCCAGAAAGAAUGCUUCCCAGGAGAAUAGAGGAGCCAAGUCUGUCAGACACUCCGAUCUUCUUCCUGGCGACGGAUCCAGACCCGUACUCGAUCGUGUGCAUGAAACUGGCCCGCAUCUACAGCCCGAAGGCGCCGUUGUAUGUAAUUACAACGAGGUACGCAGUCGCGCACGCACGGUUCCAUGAAUUGCUGCACCUGCCAAACGUGCGGUUCAAGAUGCUGGAACACUACGUCGAGGACGGCUCCGACUCAAGCGAAUUCUACAAGGACUACAUCCACCAGAGCGUGACGCAGAUCAAGUUUGAGCGGCUGUGCUUCUUUCGCUAUUUCGUCAUCCGGGAAAUCUGCCGCGAGGAGGCCAUCCAGCGCUUCCUCUACAUGGACGGUGACGUGGCGCUCUUCUCUGACGUCAGCAAGUUCGCCGCGCAUGACGUGGACCUGCUCGCGCUGACCACGCACUCGGGCUUCUUCUCGCUCUGGCGGCUGUCGCCGUUUGAAAGAUUCUGCGAAUACAUGGCGGGCUUUUACAAGCGGGAUCGGGAGCUCGUAUACGAGGACAUCAACCGGAACGGCAUGAAGAUGAACGAGACGUUCGUGCAGUUCAGCGACAUGUUCAUGAUGUUCUCCUGGUGGCAGCAGCACCAGGCCGACUUCUCCUGGAAGUUCCUCGUGCACGACUCCAAAAAGUUCCAGGACGGCUUCUUCGAGUAUUGGCCCAUGAUGAACCUGCAGAACAUCAUCGGGUGGGACUGCCUCGAAGAGGACUACCGGCAGAAGAUGGAGUGGCGGGAAGACGAGCAGGGCAAGCCGAUGCCGCAUUUCAACGGCACCACGUUUCCGGGCCUCCAUUUCCAGGGCUUUUACUGUAAGAAUCUGUCGCGUUUCAUAUUGGAUCCCAUCAUAGACAAGUGGCUACCGGUCAGAACGCACUCCUCGGAUCCGGGCCUGAAGAUUGCGUCACCCCUCCAGAGAUACGACCUUAACCCCGGGUUACCGCCCAGUAACGGGCGACGGUAA